UACAUAUGUUUAAUUCCAAAGAUUGUUAUUAACCUCUAAAAGAAAUUAUCAUUAGGCCUAGUAAUCCUGUAUCAUUCCUGAACAAUCUUAGUCAAAUAUCACUUUUUGCAUGGUUCUAGUAAUUAAUUUCAUAUUUUUCUGUACGGUAAUAUGUGGUUGUAAGAUGAAGAAUCAUUGUGUGCUAUUUGGCGUUGCACUACUUCUAGAGUCGGUCAUAGUAUCAGUUCAUUGUAACGUGGCAUCACCUUUGCUUGUGACCCCAAGCCCUAACCAAGCAACUAAUUCAACAGUGUCAAUAACCGGCACUUUGCAAACUUCAUCAUUGUCAUGGACAAUCCAGUGGACAAUGGGAGUGACAGUGCUAGCAGAGGUUGCUGUAAAUACUGGAGUACCAGCCAUAGCUGAGAAUGUUUUUGCUCUCCAAACCAGAGUAACAGUCAGUGGAGUCCCCACAAUUGCUGGAAUGUUCGACAACAUCACAACGCAACUCAAUAUAUCACAAUUACAAACAACUGAUAAUAUGUUAAAUAUCAUAACUGGACUAAAGUUAACUACAGUUACGAGCUCACCCAUUAUGCUAAACAUCACAGAUUGUGAUGACUUAUACCAAGGGAUAUCUCCAUCCAACACUGCUGUGUUUGAAGGAAGUGCUACUUUUAAAUGUGUUGGUGCAAAUACAGUCAGUGUUCUCGGAACAUGUCAAGCUGAUGCAACUUGGAGUAUUAGUGGAACCUGUCCACCAGUGCAAUGCAACACCACAGCAGCAACUGAUUCAGCAAACGGGAUUAUUUUAACCAACUCCGCAUUGCUUAACACACUGGUUAAUGUUAGUGCCAUAGUAAAUGUCGGUUGUGGCGAUGGGUUUAAUGGGACAGGUGGUAGUCGUACUUGUCAAGCUGAUGGAACAUGGUCUGCUUCAAUAUCGUGUGCAAGAGUUUGCAACACAUCUGCUGUUGUAUCAAAUGGAAUAUGUCUUUCAAGUUCUGUCACACGACACAGUAAUGUUGCAGUUGGUAGUGUAGUUUCACUCACAUGUUGUGUUGGGUAUAUACCAAACAAUGGAAGUGGAACUUGUGCUAAUGAUGGUACUUGGAAUACAGUUCUUGUAUGCAUGCCCAAUGUAACUACAACUGGUCCCACAACCCAAACCCCGACAGCACCAUCAGACACAACACCUAUUUUUACCAAUAACACAACGGGGACUUCCCAACCAACAACAACCACAAAAAACACUGAAAACCCCAUUCCGCCCCCUAAACCUUGUCUGCCUUGUUGCCUCCGCAUACCUUUUCCUCGUGGUUGCUGCUGCUGGUGGUGGUGCAUUCUUUUAAUCAUUUUGUUCUUUUUGAUCGGAAUACUUGCUUUAGUUCUUUGGACAAUCGAAUUUUACAGAAUAUAUGAACCUGAACUUGGCUAUGGAAUAAAGUUUCUGAUGUUGAUUGGAACUGUCACAGUGAUUCCUAUUGUUGUUUUCGUUAUACAUCAAUACUGUACAAGGGAUAGAGGAGGAAAAAGUAACGAUCCAGUACUUGUGUUUGGGAAAAAAGAUUGGGGUGUGUGGUUUAUUCUAUGCAUUUGGUUACCAUUAAUACCUGGUAUCCUCAUGUUUAGACAAUGGCACGAAGAUGUAUAUCUAAAAAAGAAACAAGAACUCCAAAAAAAAAUUCCAACUAAAGAAGAACUCCAAAAGAAACUUUUAGAACAAGUAGAACCCAAACAGAAAUGGUUCAUGGCCAUAUGCAUUGUGUUGGGAAUACCAAUGGUUAUCUAUUACUUUGUGGAUAAGAGUAGUGUUAAACAGAGUAACAGCAGCGGAGACAAAGGCAACAAAGUUCACCCUAGCAACCAAAUUCCAUAACAAAUUUUUAUAAUAUAAUCAGCAUUCAAGUAGAUGAGCUCCUAUGAGCAGCCCUACUAUAUGUGACUCCACACGUUUUUAUAACAAAUGGAACUCCACUUUCUUGUAAAAACACAAGUAAACUAUUUAAAGUAUUGUUUCACACUGUAUUUGUUUCAUGGAUAUUUUAGUGUAUUGCAAAUUUUAUGUUUUAAAGUGUCUUGGCACUUGUAUAUAUCUUAUGCAUUUAUCGGAAAAUGAACUCCACUGUUAAUUCAUCAUAUGUUUAAAACAUUUUAACAUUGCGCAUAAUAUGCAUUUCUUAGUUUUGUAUUCCUUUUAAAGGUUCUAAAUGUCUUCAAAACUUUAAAAUCGUUCCAGGUUUAACCGUUACUAUUGCAAAUUAUACAAUUAUUUGCACUUUAAGCUUGACAUUAAGGUUGUAGUGUGUGAAACACAUUGCGUUUUAAAAGUUCACACAACGUACAACAAUUACACAAAGAUUAUUACGGGUCAUUCAAUGAUGCAGACCUGGUUAACACUUCUUAUUUUAAGCCUUAUCUCAACAGUCGUUUCCUGCAUGCCCACUCGUUGAAUAGAUUCAGGUUUAUAAUUGAUUGAAGCUUCCUUAUCGUUGCUUAGUGCUGUUUGUUUUGAUUUGUAAGAAUAAUAAGUUGCUUAAUCUUCACCUAGCAGGAAAACGACAGUGGUUAUAACACAGAUGUUCUAUUUCAUACACCUCUUGUAUAUAAUAUGUAAUCUUACAUUUUUUCAUUAUGUGUUUCCUUUUAAUCAAUUUAUUCGGUUUAUAUGUAGAAGCAUUUUAUAAUGAUGUUGUAGUUCAACUUUAUUUUUACACCUCUGUUAUUAAUCUUUAUGCAUCAUUAGAGCUGAUACCAUGUUACCGCCCAGCGUUUUAAACGCACAACUUGAAUAACCCAGGACUCUUAACAUUUGUCGGCAUUUUAAUACUUGCAGUUACGUCACAGUGUAAAUGUAACUCUUAAAACCAAGUUCCGUCCCCUACUAUGUAUAGUUUUACAUUAACAUAAAAAUAAAUUCGAAAUUGUA